GUUCUUCUUCACCACCCGUGACCAAACAAGCAAACGGUGCUGCACCGAACAUAAUAUCCCUCUCGCUUCCCAGAUCUGUUGUCGGAGUGCUUCAACCGUGCAUUGACCCGGGCUCAAUUGUGUCUCAGUUUCAGAAAAUCUCCGGAGCCGUCCGUUCCAGGUCCCAGUCCGAGAAGGGGUGCGUGGUGCGUGCUGUGCUGCGUGCUCCGUGGCGGUUGUUGGUCUGGCCCUCCUCUCUUCCUUUUUCCGCCCGUUCGAGUGACUCUUGCGACACCCUCUGCUGCACAGGCGCGCACGGGCUCAACUCGGAGUCUCUCUCAGCUCGCAUCAUCACUCAUCAAUUCGAUCUCCCGCCAGUGCCAUCCUUGACCCUGUUUCGCUCCAGAAACUUGGCAUGGGUUUCCCAUUCUAGUCACUUGCUUGACUUGAAUGCAUUGACUGCUUUCCUCCCACCACCCAAUUCCAUCUGCUCACGCCUCUGUUGGCACAUCUGUUGGGUCUUGCGAUUCUGUUUGCGCCUCAGAUGAGGUGACGACCGCACCCUCCAACGACAGCGCUGCCAACGACUCAAGCGACUCAAGCGCACCCGUCCAGGCCUCUAGUCCGCUAGCCCCAGAUAGUCCUCGGCUGCAACAGCAAUCUCGUGCGCAACAACAAGACCUCUCCUCAACCACACCCGUCGAGAUGUCGAACCCGUCUUCGAACCCUGCUGCCUCCUCCGACGCUCAACCGACCUCCUCAUCUCCUCCAGAAACCACGUCCUCGCCUACGCCCGAGCCUCCACUGCAGUCCUCGCUGGGUCCCCAAAGAACCGACACAAACACCGCCAUGGUUCAGGCGAUGGACCCUCCUUUGCCUUCUGCUGCAGUCGCUGAACCCCAGCAGAAAAUAUCGAGACAGUUUUCAACCGCGAUUGGCCCUUCCUCAGACGAGCCGACGCCCACGGUCCCAGCCAAGGACGAAGCACCAGCAGCCACCGCUGCAGGGCCCACGUUAACGGUGACCCUGCUCCUCACUUCGGGGGCACGACAUCCUUUCAAGCUGGACAAUAAAUAUUUUGCCAAGCGCAACGUCGAAGUUCCGGAGAAUGAUCCGUUCAACCUAAGUGUCUACAAGCUGAAGGAAUUGAUUUUGCGCGAAUGGCGAGAAGAAUGGGAGACCAAGCCGUCCAGCCCGACUUCUAUUCGGCUGAUAAGUAUGGGCAAACUGUUGGAUGAUAAGGCAUCCCUGAAAGAUUACAAGUUCUCAGUCGACGCACCGAAUGUGCUGCACAUGACAAUCAAGCCGCAAGACUACGUCGAGGAAGAUGACGCCAAGGGCGGCAAAUCCACCUAUUCAGCACACCGUGAGAGUGAGGGCAGAAGCCCUGGCUGUCGGUGCAUCAUCAUGUGAUGUCUCUGCCUCACUUCAUCACAUAUGUUGUGGCCUAAAUCCCAUCUGAAGAGGCUAUGUUAUAAAAUAUGAAUUGGCUAAGUACUAGUCAAUGGAGAGAGCGCGCCUGAACUAUGGUCAAUUUGCGGCGAAAAGACAUCUUGGUCCCUUCUAGUCGAGUGGUCAGAAGGAUCUAUGCGCUCGUCCAAAAAGCAAGGGUGGCCCUUUAGCUUCAUCCAGACUUCUUGUGGAAGACAUCUUUUUCUUGUCCCAAAUUCAUGGCAUGGCGUUGGUGGAACAGACCGGUUUUUGUGUUUAGUUUGGGCAGGGACUGCGCAUGGACCGCGACGGAGGUCCUUAUUUCAUCCACCACUUUGGUCUGCAGCCGCUUGCAGACGAGUAUUUCAGGGGCCCUUCACGAGGAAAUACGCCGCGUGGAUCCAGGAAGCAGGAAGGAAGAUGGAGAAGCUGCCGAGACAAUGGGGCCGAACGAUGAAAUUGCUUCUUGCACACACAGCAACUGAAAGCAUCAGAGACGAGUUACAUCGCAGUACGCAAGUCGAGACUUUGCCGUGUAUAGACGGACAAGAACAGGCUGUCCGGGCGAUGGGUGCUAUGCGUCCAAUGUGUAGCAGCCGGGAUUCGAUGGAUGAGGCUCUGGCCAGGACACGGGCAGGCUGGUUCUUGCAGCAUUUGCAACGGAGUACAUAUUGCACCGGGCACGAGGAAUACACAUUUUUUGCGUCCCUUCAUCUGAGACGAAGUC